CAACCUCCAAAGAAGGGUCGUUUCGGUAAUCUCGGCUCUACUAUGGCACAGUCAGCUGCUGGUGGCCUUGGUUUCGGCGCUGGUGCCGCUAUCGGUGGUGACAUCGUGAACUCGAUCUUCUAGACUUUUACUCUCUUCGUGCGUUACUAAGUUUACAUACCCACAUCCACUUGCUUGGCUAGACUCGAGGACGAGCAUGCUACAUUGGUUCAGGGUUGUUUUGAUUGUCAGUUGGAAUUUCAACUCCGCGGCAUCAGUCGCAUUUACGUACACAAUAUUAUCUUUACGUUAAUUACAGCACAACGCUGAUUUCGUGCUUAAGACUGUGGACAACCAGAAGCUAGAACUGUCUUGCAACGCAUUCAGAAUGCCUGUUCGUACCUACACUUUCAAAGUCGAGCUCAUCGGUUCUCGUAACCCCGUUAUUUCUCGAACUUUUUCGAUUCCUGCUUCUUGGACCUUCCAGCGGCUGCAUGCAGCAAUCCAGUGGGCAUUUGGUUGGCAAGAAUGCCACCUGCAUCAUUUCACGUUUGAACCCGCGCGUCGCCCUCUACGGCGCGAGGAGCGCCGUUUCAUCUCGCUGGAUCAUAGGGAAAAACUUGUUGCUAUUCAUAUGGGAACAGCGGAAGAGGAAGAUGACGACUGGGCGGAAUCUGCACGCUCGAGCUUCAGUGAGAAAGAUGUUAAAUUGAACAAUUUCUUUGAGGAGACCGGGAGGUAUCACAAGAUGGCCGUGAAAGAUGGGGUUAUGGGGAAAUGCUACUACUUGUAUGAUUUCGGGGACAACUGGGAUCAUGUGGUAACACUGAUUUCUGCGGAGACGUCCGCGUCUGGCGUCAAGGAACUAAAAGUCCUCGAAGCUGUUGGUUGUGCCCCGCUCGAGGACGCUGGUGGCAUAUCCGGCUGGGAUGAACUCAAGCGAGCCUUUGCAUCCACGAACCCAAAUGACGAUAUGCGUGAUCGGAAACGUUGGGCUUAUCAAAUUUCGCCGUUUGGCCGGGCCUUCAAUCCUGCUGUACAACCUCCUGCCGAAGAGUUCAAUAAAACCGAAGAGUUUUUGAAGCAUCUUCGCCUCGUCCGACGAGCCGCUGGUGACGGUGAAAACCUUGACGACGAACUUGAAUCAGAUGACGAAGAUGGGUUUGACAUACGGUCACUUCCGGUUAUGCCCAUGCCUGAAGUUUUUAGAUUCAGUGGGCCACCGAUAAAAGCGACUCUUGCGCAGCGACGGUUCGUCGUGCAUGAGGGCACACAUCCGUUAGAUGUAUUCGUACCCGCCAUCAACGCGUGCACCAUCCGGGCGCCACGGUUCAUUCACACCGACGUCACUCACCUGGCCUCCGUGCUGAUUUUCGUAGACGGUGCAGCUGUGAACGAAAACACUCCAGACGCGAGGGCAGGGUGCGGCUUGUACUUCGAGCCUGGGACGAAGGGUUUUUCCAUGCAACUUGAAAAUAUUCCUGGUCAUGCGCGCACAAGAAAUCGGGCUGAGCUGAGGGCUGCGAUCGUUGCUCUUCAGUUACGAAUGUGGCCUGGUGAAGGGUUCAUGCGCGUCGUCAUCGGUACUCAUGCAGAGUACCUAGUCAACGGGGUGUGCGAGUGGGUACCCUCGUGGAAACAGCGAGGGUGGAAGACAAGUCGCGGGGAGGCGGUCAAGAACCGCGACCUGUGGGAAAUGUUACUGAAGGAAAUUGAAAAAUGGGAGGCAAAGGGGGUUAGAGUGCAGUUCUACCUAUUGAAAAAGGAGUGGAAUACUGAAGCGAGUGGGUGCGCGAGGCGAGCAGCGGAGCCUGAGGUUGAGGCUCCAACCUCGCUCACGGAGCAGAUUUAUAUUUCCACGCCUUUACUGGUAUAGGUGAAGCGCCUAUUUUUUCUGAGAAGAGCACUCCGCUUUUAGGCUUUUGAUCCCUUUGAAAUUCAAUUAUGCACAGUAAG